UACAUGCAUGCUUUCAAGCAAUUUUAUUAUUUUUUGUUAAUAACGCUAUAUAAUUGCAACUAAUUUAUUCUACGGAAGUUGCUGAUACAAUUCUUACUGUUAUCUAAAUAUUCAUGCACUGUGGUGUACAUAAUUUUUAUACUUCACUGCGCCAUGCUCUUCACUCUUGUCUGACUGAAUUUCAUUAACCCACGAGCGGUACUCUCGGUUAGUCGUAUUUGUGAUGUUAAUGCUAAGUGUUUAGUUUUUAUUCCAACACCCUCACUACCCGGUGUUUAGCAUGGCUAGUAAUAAUAAAAUGGUUGCACCAAGUAAGGUGGCAUUGCCACCAAGCAGUGAUGAAGGACUCACUGUCCUGUCCAUGAUAUACAAAUUCUUCAAAAAGGUUGCAGUAGUUGGCGCCGUGUACUUAGUAGGUUACAUGCAAUGGAGUGUGGCUUGGCUCAUUGGACCAGUCAUACUGUCGGUGAUGAGGGAUCAAUGGCGCAAAGAGAGCGAGUCCAGGCGAAACAUUGCCAAGGCUGCUGCUUUAUCUUCAGAGAGAGACGUCAUCCUAGCACGACUAGACGAACUUCCUUCCUGGGUCUUCUUUCCGGAUGUCGAACGCGCGGAAUGGCUGAACAGAAUUCUACUCCAAGUGUGGCCGAACGUGAACCACUACGCCCGAAGUCUAAUCAAAGACUCCAUAGAGCCGGCUGUGGCUGAAAGCUUGGCUAAUUUUAAACUCAAUGGAUUCAAAUUCGAACGCAUGAUACUCGGUACAAUCGCGCCUCGUGUCGGCGGCGUCAAAGUCUACGAUAAGAACCUCUCGAGGGAUGAGAUAAUAAUGGACGUCGAUUUGUUCUAUGCCGGCGAUUGCGACAUUUCCUUUGUGCUACAAGGAAUUCGUGCAGGAAUCAAAGAUCUUCAGAUCCACGGCAUGGUCCGCGUGGUGAUGAAGCCGCUUAUCACCAAGAUCCCUCUCGUGGGCGGACUUCAGGUGUUCUUCCUCAACAACCCGUCCAUCGACUUCAACCUGGUCGGAGCCGCCGAUGUGCUCGACAUGCCUGGGUUCAGUGACAUACUGCGUCGUUGCAUCGUAGAACAAGUGGCGAGAAUGAUGGUGCUGCCCAACAAACUGCCUAUAAAGCUCAGCGACGAGAUACCCACCGUCGACCUGCGCAUGCCCGAACCAGAGGGAGUUCUUCGUAUCCACCUCGUGCAAGCUCAGAAUCUUAUGAAGAAAGAUGUGUCCAUGUUAGGUAAGGGUAAGUCGGAUCCGUACGCCAUCAUCACGGUGGGCGCGCAGCAAUGGAAGACAAAGCACAUCGAUAACGACGUCAACCCGCGCUGGAACUACUGGUGCGAGGCGAUAAUAAGCUCAAGGAAGAGCCAAGUGCUGCAGUGCGAGCUGUGGGACUGGGACCCGGGGAUGGGCAUUCAGAACGAUGACUUUCUCGGCAGAUGCUCCUUGGAUAUAUCUCAAGUUGUGCGUGCAGGUCGCUUAGACACAUGGCAGACUCUGCAACAAGCAAAGCACGGCAAAAUCCACUUGCGUCUAUCGUGGCAUCGCCUUUCCACCGACCUGCUUGACUUGAGCCACGCUAUAACGGAGACACAAUUGAUCAAAACGGGAGAUCUUAGUUCUGCUGUUGUCUCGGUGUAUAUCGACUGCUGCAGGCAUCUGCCCAACGCUCGCGUGCACUCGCGUCCAGACCCGUACCUGACGGUAACCGUUGGCAAGAAGACAGAGAAUACCGCGGUACAGAUGCGCACCGACAGCCCCGUCUACGAGAUAGGAUACUCCUUCCUCGUGCAGAACCCGGAGAUCGACAUCGUGGACAUCAAGGCCGUAGAUCAAAAGACAGGAAGCUCACUCGGUCAGCUGACGUUCCCUCUAUCAGCUUUGUUGAAGGAAAAGAAUCUAACCUUGUUGCCUCAACCGCUGAACUUGCAGAAGUCGGGACCUGAAUCCAAAAUCAUCCUGUCUAUGCAGUUGAAGAUAUUGAAAGAAGCGAUAAAAGAGGAAGACAUGGAUGAGGCUGAGGCGGCGGACCUCGGGCCCGAGCCCGCCACCAUGCCCUCACCUCCAGCCACUCCUUCAGACACCAUGGACGGCGCUACGCCCCUCCCGACGCCACCAGCUAACCCAGUGCCAGAACAAACAGAUGUCGAGUUGAAAAACAUGGACGAUAAUACCACUGAUUCGUCUUCUCAGAAGUCGAUCCCGGUCGAGCAAAUUUUAAAGUCAGUUGUGUCUCAAGAAGAGCAAGCGCCUUCAUCGGGGAGAGACUCACCUAAAUUAGUACACAGGACAUCAUCUAUAACUACGUCUGCCGGCGAAGCGGGUCUGGGGCGUAUUUUGCUGUCGCUGCGAUACAGCAUGCAGAACCAGACUUUGUUUGUUGUCGUGCAUAAAAUAGCAAAUAUUCCCCUGAAAGACCCCACCAAUGUGCCUGAUCCCUACGUCAAAUUGUACUUACUGCCAGGACGAUCUAAGGACUCCAAGCGAAAAACUAUUGUGGUGAAAGACAGCUGCAUGCCGGAGUACGACGAGCAGUUCGAGUGGGUGAUCCCGCUGGCCGAGCUGCACUCGCGCCAGGUGGAGGUCACGGUGGCCACGCACAAGGGCUUCCUCGGCGGCAGCCCCAUCAUUGGACAGGUGAUAGUGCAUCUCAACCAGUACGAUUUUCGCGAAGCAAAAACUUUAUGGUAUGAUCUUAUGCCAGAAGCAACGCCUAAAGAUUAGGCAAUGAUUGUUUUCUUAAGAAUUGUGCUUAUGAAUGUUAUUUUUUGUAUUUUAUAGAAGUUACUAACAUUUGCAUUUACGCACUGUUAUCAUGAUCUGACUAUGUUACAUAUACAAAAAGUGAAUCUUGUUACCUAAUUAAUUAUGUACUGUGCAAAAGUGGAAACUAGUUGUGUUCUCGUUACAUUUUACGCAUUUAUUCUUGUUAAAGUAUGUAAAAAUGAUCUUGGCAUGUCGCUUGUUUAUGUAUUUUAUUUUAGCUAACAAACAGUAUUUCAAAUGAAUACAACAUGUAAUUGGAGUAAAGCAAAAGCUAUAAGAAUAUUUGAAUAGGCCGGCAGAUUUGGUUCAGAAUCACAACUCGACUUUUUUAAAAAAGGGUGUGGCCAACAUGUUACGGUAAUUCAAUUACAUUUUGUAUGAAAAAGUGCACUUUCAAAACAUAAUUAUAUUGGAUUUUACAUAAAUGAAGCAUGAUAACAUGCAAUAACUAACAUCAGCAAGAAAGUGUUCUAUAUUUUUCUGCAAAUCGGUUCUUUGUGCAUAAUAAUGAUUGUUUGUAUUUAUCAAUAAAAAUAUUAAGUCAAAAGCGCAAUUAAUGUGUAAGUAUAACUUAUGAGAUUUUUGUUAUUUUUUAUAUUGUGUAUGUUUAUUGUUACCUGGAAUGUAUUUACUGUUACUGCAAAGAGAUUAUUGUCCAUAUUAGAGCAAUGCUUAUAAGCUUAUUAUAUGAAUUAUAAAAGAGUUAAUAAAUAGUAUGAAAUCAA